ACAAAAAGCUUUGGCGUCCACCGGAGGAAGAAGUGUUCAAGCCGCGUGUGACUGGCUCUUCUCCCACGUGGGCGACCCCUUCCUGGAUGACCCGCUGCCCCGGGAGUACGUGCUGUACCUGCGCCCCACGGGCCCCUUGGCCCAGAAGCUCUCCGACUUCUGGCAGCAGUCGAAGCAGAUCUGCGGGAAGAACAAGGCGCACAACAUCUUCCCCCACAUCACCCUCUGCCAGUUCUUCAUGUGUGAGGACAGCAAGGCAGACGCCCUGGGGGAGGUCCUGCAGGCCACCGUCAGCCGCUGGAGGGGCAAGUUCUCGGUGCCGCUGCCCCUGGAGCUCUACACCUCCUCCAACUUCAUCGGGCUCUUCGUGGAGGAGGCCAGCGCCGACGUCCUCAAGAAGUUCGCCGCCGACUUUGCCGCGGAGGCUGCAUCCAAAACCG